UACCUUCUUAUUCUAGUAGACGUCUUUUGAUUAAUUUACCAUCCCUAGCCAACCGUAGAACGAUGCUUGGUACUAUCUUUAUUUAUGUUCAUGUCGAACAAGAAGUUAGCUGGUUCGAAGAUAGCUGGUUCGGCAUCACUGGCAACCGAAUCGGUGGCCUCUAGACUAAGCUUACGUUGUAUUACAAGUCAUUACGAAAUAAAAGGUGAAACGGAUCACAAGUGAAAACGAAGCUCGUCACAACCCCGCAUUUUUUAUAUCUUUCUUUGGGAGAAACUUUGGAAGUGUUCUUGGCACGGACCCGCCCCAACAUUUGGUCCUUCGAGCCGGAUUUAUUUUCAUCGUUCUCCGCAAGCUAAAUUGUUCACGAUGGCGCCAACCACAAUCCAGCACGCUCGGCCACGCGCAACCAACGGGUACAGGUGCCGAGUUUGCCGAGGGGUGCACGCGCUGAGGAAAUGCCAACGUUUCCUUCGGCUCCCGGCGGUGAAGCGGCUCCGCGCAGUCCUCAUUAAUCAGUACUGUGCGAACUGCCUUGCUCACGAGCAUUCAGGUCAAUCCUGUCGCAGUAAUGCCAAGUGCCACGUCUGCAGUGGAAAUCACCACACCCUUUUGCACUUCCAAGAGUCCACAUCGCCACGCUCGUCACGACCCCAAGACCGACGGCAGCAGACAAGAGCGUCGUCGACGACGUCGUUGCGCUCAUCGUCACCAAAGGAGACCUCCCCGACCCGAAGCCCUGUUACGGGCCCAUCGUGCGCCGCUAUCCUGCAGCGCACGAGUGUGAGCAUCUUGCCAACGGCAUCCAUUUUGGUGGGGUCUGAGGAGAAACGGUUUGACGUCCGAGCUUUGGUGGAUCCUUGCUGCCCCGUGAGUCGCAUUCACGUUUCUUUGACAAAGGCCCUCAACCUUUCCGUCACCCGCGUGGGCGAUGAGCGGGUGUGCACCACCGAAAUCCGCUCAAAGUCGUCAAAGAUGACCCGACAGCUGAUAAUGCUGGUUGAUGACCAGAUGCAGACCCGAACUCCGGCCAAGCCCCUGGAUCCGAAGGUCCGGGAUGCCUUUCCAAACAUCACUCUGUCUGAUGACAGAUGGUUCCACCCUUCCUUGGUGUCGGCCGUCUUGGGAGCUGACGUAUAUGCGGAAUUAAUUCUGCCGGGUAUCCUCCCGAGUCAGAACGGACUGCCCAUGGCGCAAAACUCAGCCUUGGGGUGGCUCCUUUCAGGCACUUGCUCCCUUUCGUGACCUGCCACUCUCCCCAUUGCGAGGGGGGGAGAAUGUUCAUGUCGAACAAGAAGUUAGCUGGUUCGAAGAUAGCUGGUUCGGCAUCACUGGCAACCGAAUCGGUGGCCUCUAGACUAAGCUUACGUUAUAUUACGAAGUCAUUACGAAAUAAAAGGUGAAACGGAUCA